GGUUGAUUUAUUUUGGGCCUUUCUUUUUUCACUCAUCAACAACAAAAAGCCGGUUAAUGGGCAAAUUUGUACACUCUCAGGGGCCCGACCAACACAUUUUGUUCAUAAAAGCAUCGUCUUUGACCUUUGAACAAUCACCACACCACACGAGGCAAUCUCUGAGCCAGCGAGACUUCUAUUAAGUUAAGCUUUUCCCUUAACUUUUCGAGCUGGAAUUUCGAAACUAGUCUUUGCUUUGUACCCUUUUCUUUUCUCUGUUAAAUUAAAGCAAAAUACUUACAAUUAAUCUAUCAUCGGACAACCACUGAUACAGAAAGAGAGCGCUCUAAACAAUCAAACCCAUUAAAUAAUUUCUCAAAUUAUUUCUAGGUUUUUUGGUUCAUCAUCAUUUUUUGUGAUUCUGUAUUUCUAAUUUUUUUGGUUACCCAUAUUGUCCUUGGUCGUGUUGUGAAUUCCCUUUUUGUACCCUUUUCAAUGGUGUCUCCUUGCUCUGUUUUUUUCCGUUUUCUUAUCUUUGUUACUGGUGUUGUUUUUACGAUACAAUGCGUGUCAUCGGCGCCGUUGUGUCCCCUCCAAUUAGAUGUGUUUCGAAAUAGCCUCCAAUUGCAGUGCUCUCUUGGGAUCUCGCCAAAUCCUCUGAUUCGGGUGGAUGGAGAGUUCCUGGACAGAGCUUUGAGCUCCAAACAGGGAAACACUUAUGCUUCAGUGCUUUUUUAUGCUUCCUGGUGCCCAUUUUCUCGCAGUAUGCAUCCUACAUUUGAAGUACUUAGUUCCAUGUUCCCACAAAUGGAGCAUUUUGCCAUUGAACAAUCUUCAGCUCUGCCAAGUGUAUUUUCAAGAUAUGGAAUCCAUAGUCUCCCCUCAAUUUUAUUGGUGAAUCAAACAUCAAGGUUGCAAUAUCAUGGUCCAAAAGAUCUCCACUCCCUCGUUCAUUUUUAUCAGAAAACAACAGAACUUGAACCAGUGGGAUAUUUUGCUGAAGUUGAAUCAGCCAGCUUGGGUGGAAGUGAUGAAUUAAUCAUGCAGUCCUGGAACCAGUUGUCACUGAGGCAAAUGAUUCAGUAUGAACCCUACUUGGUAUUUGCAGUAUUCUUCCUCUGUUUGAGGUUGCUUAUAUCCAUACUCCCAGAAGUCUUAUCUCGACUGAAAGCUUUCUGGGAAUCAUAUGUUCCUCACUUAAACAUGGGAAUAUUUGGUGAGACAAGCCAAAUACUUGGGCGUGCCCUACACAUGGUUGAUGUGAGAAGUGUCUUGACCAAACUAAGACUCUGCAAGACGAGGAACUUCCGUGAAGGUGCAAAGAAUGCUCGGGUUUGGGCCUCCCUGGCUUCUGUCUCUCUGGGUGAGUCUUCAUCAUCUAGGGCAUCAUCCUGAAGUGGAAAUCAUUAUACCGCAUGAGCCAAACUAAGGGUAGAAAGAGCUUACUGAUCAGAUAGGGCAAUAGAGUCAUGAUGCAAUACUUUGGCCCGUAUCCUCUCUCUCUCUCUCUCUCUCUCUCUCUCUCUCUCACACACUUCUAAUGUUUGUCAAGUUUUACUAUAGUGAUGAUAGAUGAAGCUGUUGUCCUUGUUUGAGUUGGCCUCUUUGUGAAGGAAGCAAACAAGCAUGUAAAUUUGAGAACAGCUCUCUUUUUUGUGUAUAUUAAUGUCAUUUAGAGGAACUACUUGACGCAUCAGUAUAAUGUGAACCUAUUAACUUGUCGUGUCUA